CUGGUGCCGCCUUACGAGGAUUUCCCUAUGGCAGAUAGAUUACCAGCAAAAUGCCUUACACUCGAGGGACUACUCUAUCAUGAAGUUGUGGAAUCUGCAAAAGACCCAGAUCGUGGCUGCGCCAUCCACCAGCCUUCUGAUCGCCAAUCCUCCCGCAGUCCCCAUUGUCCCUUCAGCUCGUAUGACCGUUACCGAACUCUGCUGCAGCCACAGCCUUGAUCUAUUAAUUUCUCCCUCUUAACCCACCUUGACCUACUUUGAUCCAGUGCAGACGCUAAAAUGCAACGCCAUUCGCUGUGGCUUGGGAACCAGGCAGUGUCUCACGAAUGAGAUACUAGGAAGCACACCAAACCCGGACUGGGAUAACAAUCCCCAGUAGAUUGCGUAGGCCGUCUCUCUCCAUCCCUGUCUGCCUCAUGCAAACCCAGGUAGGUGGGUGCCCAGCAUCAUGGAUUCAAUCAUGUCGCCGGCCUUCGGACGUCGGAGCACACUCAUGCCUGCAUGCAAUGAAACGGAUCUGCGGGUACGUAAAUCCGUCUUUAAACUCCGU